AUGUCGCGAACAGAGCAGGUGGACAACACCGACUCGAUAAACAGUCAGGACCCAGCCCGUGACGAGCCGAAGAAGGCAAAGAGCAAGAGGCCACCAAAUACUGCUUUUAGACAACAGCGUCUAAAGGCAUGGCAACCCAUUUUAACCCCAAAGACGGUCCUUCCGCUCUUCUUCAUUGUCGGAGUCAUCUUCGCGCCCAUCGGUGGGCUGCUCAUCUACGCUAGUGCGCAGGUCCAGGAGAUCUCCAUCGACUACACCAACUGCAACAGCACGGCGCCUCGAGCUAGGCUCGAUUACAAUGCAAGUCUAGGCAACGACCUCGAGCCAAUUCCUUCGGGCAGAGUAUCCGCAUCUUUCAACGGAAAACAGAUGCAGACGGCACCCCAGUGGGGUUGGGCGCGGGACAACUACACCUUCCAGCCCCAGGGCGUCACCCUCGAGACCAACGUGUGCAUUCUGAGCUUUACUAUCCCGGCCGAUAUUGCCCCACCGAUUCUCUUCUACUACCGCCUCACCAACUUUUACCAGAACCACCGUCGAUACGUCAAGUCGGUUGAUAUCCAGCAGCUCAAGGGCGACGCCAGGAGUGCCAGCGCUCUAGACUCUGGUGACUGUGAUCCUUUGGCUGUAGCGCCCAACGGAAAGCCCUACUACCCCUGCGGACUCAUUGCCAAUUCCAUGUUCAACGACACCUUUGGCAACCUGACCUUGGACAAUGCUGUACAGGAUGCAGAUGGCAAUGAAAUCAACUCAUACAACAUGACGGUCGAGGGCACAUCAUGGAGCCACGAGGGGGAUUUGUAUGGCAAGACCAAAUACAAGCCCAGUGAUGUUGUUCCACCCCCCAACUGGCAAGAGCAGUAUCCCAAUGGAGAAUACACCGAUGAACUGCCGGACCUGCACACCUGGGAGCAAUUCCAAGUCUGGAUGCGAACGGCAGGAUUGCCGACUUUCAGUAAACUUUACCAGCGCAACGACAAGGAUACCUUGAGAGCCGGUACUUAUCGUUUGAAGAUUUAUGACCGUUUCCCCGUUGACAAAUACGCUGGUACAAAGUCGAUUUUGAUUUCUACCAGGACCGUCAUGGGAGGCAAGAAUCCCUUCCUCGGCAUUGCAUACUUGGUUGUUGGUGGUCUUUGCAUAUUGCUUGGUGCUGUCUUCCUUGCUACACAUCUUGUCAAGCCCAGGAAAUUGGGUGACCACACCUACCUCACCUGGAAUAAUGAUCAGCCUUCAACGGCCACGACUACCGGCCGAGCGGGAGGCGCAUGA